AAAAAAAAAACACGAUCAAUUACUUUGAAGUGACAAAAAUGGAAUACGUACGACUUGGCAAAACUGGAAUGAAGGUAUCUCGAAUCUGUUUAGGUGCCAUGAGUUAUGGAAGCUCCAAAUGGCUUCCUUGGGUGAAGGAUGAAGAAGAAUCACUGGAAUUGAUCAAGAUGGCGUACGAUGCUGGCAUUAACUUUAUUGAUACCGCAAAUGUUUACAGUAACGGUUUGAGUGAACGCGUUGUGGGCAAGGCCAUCAAAAAAUUCAACUUGCCUCGUAACCGCAUUGUAAUUGCCACCAAGGUUCAUUUCCCCGUACACGAAGAUGACAUCGCUAUUCAGCCUUUUGGUUUGCCUUUGGAUGAUCCUAGAUUGAUAAACAAUGGAGGUUUGUCCAGAAAGGCUAUCCUCCAAGCUGUUGACGACUCCUUGAGACGCUUGGAUUUGGAUUACAUCGAUUUACUUUACAUUCAUCGUUUUGACGAGGAAACUCCUAUGGAAGAAACCAUGGAAGCUUUGCAUGAUGUGGUAAAAUCUGGCAAGGUGCGUUAUUUGGGUGCAAGCUAUAUGAACGCAUGGCGCUUCGUACAGAUGAAUGCCAUAGCUGAGAUGAACGGGUGGACUAAAUUUGUUGCUAUGCAAGACUUGUACAACUUGGUCUAUCGUGAAGAAGAACGCGAAAUGAUACCUUAUCUUGCUUAUAAAGGUAUUGGUCAGGUCCCAUAUUCUCCAUUGGAAAGAGGCAGAUUAGCCCGUCCUUUAGACCAAGAUACCCUUCGUUCGUCAGUUGACUCUAGUAAACCCUGGUCCAGAUCAUUGACCGAUGCUGACAAGGAAAUUGUUCAAAGGAUUCAAAAGGUUGCUGAACAGCGAGGCGUGCCUAUGGCUCAGGUGAGCAUUGCUUGGUUACUUAGCAAGCCUACUGUAGCAUCUCCUAUUGUCGGUAUUAGCAAGGAAUCACACUUGAAAGAUGCUGUCGCAGCUGUUUCGCUCAAAUUAACUAAAGAGGAGAUUAAAUUCUUGGAAGAGCCCUAUGUUCCUAAAACUACAAUUUCCAAGUAACUUGAGGGGGUUCCGAGAAUUUCUACUGUCAACCAUAUCAUUUGACGCCAAGGGCUUUUGUUUGACGCCAAUUAUUCAAAAUAAUAUUUCCCCUAUAAAUGACUAAAUAAAAGCAAAUAGUUACCAGAACUCUCUCUUGC